GGGCCGGGGCUGAGGAUGUGGCGGCUGCUGCUGGCGCUGGCCUGGCUCUGCACGACCCUUCCCACAGGAGCGGCGGCGGAGCGGAGCGCGGGCGGCCCCGAGCCGGUGCGGUACCGCACGGCCGAGAUGGCGGACGCGAUGCUGGGCAGCGGGGCCCUGGCCGAGCAGCCCGUGCUGCUGUCGGCGGUGCCGGCCGAGGCGAGCGGCGGCCCGGCGGGGGCUUGCGAUGCGGCGGCCGCGGGCGAUGCGUGCGGGCCGGCGGGGAGCGGCCCCGCGGCCGCCCAGGCCCGGGAGCAGCCCGUGCUGGAGGCCGUGCUGCCCGCGCCCGCUGAGGAGCAGAACGGCACCGACAGCGCCAAGGCUCCCAAGGUGAACUGCGAGGAGAGGAACACGACGGGCAUCGAGCGCUUCACGCUGCAGAUCCUGAACGUGUCCCAGGACUUGAUGGAGUUCCUGAACCCAAACAGCAGUGACUGUACAUUGGUCCUGUUUUACACACCGUGGUGCCGCUUUUCUGCCAGCUUGGCGCCUCAUUUUAACUCUUUGCCCCGAGCAUUUCCAACUCUUCGCUUCCUGGCACUGGAUGCAUCCCAGCACAGCAGUUUAUCAACUAGAUUUGGAACUGUGGCUGUACCAAAUAUCCUCCUUUUCCAAGGUGCUAAACCUAUGGCUAGAUUUAAUCAUACAGACAGAACGCUGGAAACCCUGAAAGACUUCAUCUUUAACCAGACAGGGAUAGAAGCUAAAAGCGAUGUGGCUGUGACCGAGGAAGACUGGGAAGGGCCCCUGCCAAGCGUUCUGACGAAGGGCAUAGACUGGCUGCUCCUGUUCUCUGUGCUCUUCCUGGCUGGCUUUGUCAUGUACGCCACCAUCCGCACGGACAGCAUCCGCUGGCUCAUCCCGGGACAAGAGCACGAGCAUCAGGAAUAACCGCAGAUGUUCAAACAGGGACAAAAUUUUCCACUUAUUGCUGAAGUGGGGAUUUCUAUGGACUAGAAGUACCUAGGAAUGGACUGUUGAGUUUGUUGGUUGUAAUUUAUAAUAAUGACUAAAAAUUUGCUUUAUUUAUCAAUUAUUGAAUCUGUAACGAGCAUAUUUGUGGUGAUUACAGUGGUAAGUGAACAAGUAUGAAAAAACGAACUAAAGUGUUUAUUAAGCUGCUCUGAUUGACCUCUUUUUGAUGGACUGCGACGUAAUUAGUGGUACAUUUGUGGAUCAAUUUGUAGAUCAGGGAAGAAUUUAACAGCACAUUGGUCUGUGCGUGGCACUGCAAGGAAAAUGAACUAUGAAGAUGUUUUAAAUUAUUUUUCACUCCCAUGGAGGUGACUGUUCCCAUCUCUGGCGCUGAGGUUCAGUGCUGUUUUUCUCAUUUGCUUUCCUCUGAGUUUUGCUUAAGUAGCAGUUCUUCAUGAGAUUUAGAGUCACUUCCCAAGCUCACCUUACUAUUUCUGUGUGUGUAUACAACUAAUUUACCACACUACUGUUGAAUGAAAUUGUAUUAAUUGUCCUUUUUUAAAAAAAUAAAUCAGGUUUUUAGUGUAA